CUAAUUAUUUCCCUUUCUGAAGUUUCGCAACCCAAUGUUGAGAAGAAGGAGGAGAUUUUCAACUGGUACUGUGUGUUGGUACCCACUGUUAUGAUCUAUGCUGUACGAAGGCACCUUAUGAAACGUCGGCGAAAAAUCGAUAAUGUGAUGGGUCAGCAAAUGGCCGGAGAGCAAGGAUCCAACUACUACUUUCAGUUACUGCAAACACAAUGGGAUCAAAAGGAGCCUAAGACAUAG